AUUUCAACGCUCGUCCUCUUGUUCCUGAGGGAGAACCUGUGGUAGUAACCUGAAACUAUAUAUUCAAACAUUGUCUGGUUCUGGUGGAGAACAAUUGGCUUUACAUUCAGGAAUGACAACAAUCAAAAGAAAAUAUGCGCGAAUGUAUGAGGUGAAGUCCGCGUGAGAGUGCAAAGUGACACUGUGAGGGAUUUAUCACUGGCAGGGGUGUUGUGAUGAAGCUUCAUGAAAAGAUUUUAACCCAUUACCUCUCGUGCACCUCUCCAGUGGACAAAGAAGGAUAUCUAUACAAAAAGAAAAAGCGAAAUGAUACCUACCACCGGCGGUGGUUUGUCCUGAAAGCAAACCUGCUUUUUUACCAGGAGCGUCCAGCUGACCGUCAUCUGCUGGGUGUCAUUGUGCUGGAAGGGUGUGCUGUUCAGCAUCCAGAGUCUGAUACACAUUUUGCCUUCUCCCUGGUGUUUGGACCUGGACUUAAAACCUACAGAUUUGCAGCAAGAGAUCGUCAGACUCAAGAGAGCUGGGUGAAAGCUUUGCAUUCAGCCAGCUACUGUUACCUCUCCCUGCUAGUGAAAGACCUGAGGAGACAGUAUGAAGAAACUAUACAGCAACAAGGCCUGGGUGAGUCCCAUCCUUCUGUCAGUUCCCUCAAGCAGUCCACAAACAGCUUCUUAUUCACCACAAUGCAGCAAACAGCAGUGGUCAGGGAGGGGAGGAGUUUGAGUGCCGGCACGCUUUUACAAGCACCUUCUAUCCCAGCUAAAAUGGUAGCAAAAAAGUCCCCCAAACUUUGGCCGAGGAGAAAUGCUUACGUCACACCCCUUAAUGGACCGGCACCUUUGUAUGGUGAAUGGCCUUUGGUGGGAUUUGACCCGCUGGAGGAUUUCAGCACACUUCAUGAUUAUUAUGGCCAGGAAGUGAAGAAAGCACGAGAGGAGUGGCUGAAAAGUCGUCAAAAGGAAGAAGACCACACUGAUCAAGAUCUCAUUGACCUGGGGUAAAGGGUAAAAAAAAGAGCUUAAGGUUCUUUAAGAGGAACUGAGAUGAAGUGAUUCAUGUGUGUCAAACAGGAAGUGAACCUGUUUUAGUAUUUUGAGGCUCAGAUGCCUGACAUCUGUUUGAUAUGAUCAGCUUUGAUCAUUUCUAGAUUUGCUUUAAGUUAUUCUGCAGAAAGUUGUGAUUUUCCUCAUUUGACUAAGCCAAGACAAGCUUACACUUUUUUGCAGGAUACAACAAAAAAGGAGACACACUGAAAUGUAAUGAAGGGUAGAUGCUAGAGGCCUUUUGUUUUUUAUAUUUUAUGGUAAAAGCACAGGUUGAUAUUCAAGUGUCCCUGGGAGCAAUGGCAGUGUGACAGCAAGUCAGCAUGCACAAGAAAAUGUGAAUUUCCUGUUGUGGGAUGCCCAACUUCAACUUCAUCCAAGUGCACCAUGAUUCAGUGUUAAUAAGAGUGUUAAAUAAAAAUUG